UCCCUUUCUUCUUAUACCUACUUAUAAUACACACAAAAACGUACAUAAUAUGAUAAGAACUAUUACUUAAAAUGACUUAUUUUAAAACCAAAACCCACACCUAUUAAAACUAUCCAAAUCUGGCAACGUGGAGUCGUUUCAAUUUCUAGUAUUUAAACUUUUCAUGACAUGCGACAGCACGGCUAUCUUUUUCUAUCUCUUAACGAAAGAAAGAAAUAGCGUAGCCUUGCGUUGUCCCAAAAUCCCCAAUCCCAGUGAAUACAAAAACAAAAAAGAAAGUGCAUUACAUUUUGCUCUUUUAUAUAUAAAGUUUGUACAUCACAGUAUCAGCAGAGACAAAAACCAGAAGUAUUCCAAUUGAAAAACUGAAUUAAUUGGUUUGCUAAAGUUGUACAAUUGUUUACAUUAAUUCACUGCAGCAGGGAUUUAUUCAUGUAAAUCAAAAUGAAGUCUAGACAGCAAGAAAGUGAAGAAAACAAAAUGUUUUAUUGGUUCAACAAAAAGUGUUGUGUACCAGAAUGUUUUAAUUGUUCAACAAUGGGAGACGGAUGCCUGAAAGAAUAUUUUGAUCUCCCGGCAGAAUCUCAGGCCAGAACUCGUUGGUUACAGAUUAUUUUAAGAGAGGAUGGAGAAAAUUUGACUGUGUGUGAAGACCAUUUCAAAGACAGGGAUGUAUUUCUAGACAAAAACAGUAGAAAGAAGUUGAACCUGAAUUCCACACCUUCACUCAAGUUGCCUAAGUUUGUAUGUACAACUUGCUUAGGUACAAAGUGUAUUCGACUAGAUGGUGUGCAAAAAAAUGUAAAAGUAUGUAAAUGUCAUCUUCAAUCAAAACCUAAAAUUGCAAAAGUGACAGUUUCUGACAACAGGAUGUCUUCUAGAAAUCGAAUGAGCCAAGAACAGAAGAUUAAGUUAUUUAAAUUGAUAAAGAAGCACGGAGAAGUCAAACAUGUGAAAAGUACCAUUAGGAUAAAUUGGAUUAAUGUUUUGAAAUAUUCAAGGAAGCAUGGUUUGCUUGGUACCGAAAAAGAACUGAGAAGUGUUUGGCAAUAUUUGCGAAUUAAAGCAAUGAGAGUAUUUAAAAAAGAAGCACAGGGAUCUAAACUUGAAAGAAAAAUAUCCAGGUUUCUUCAUGGAAAAGGACGAGGAGAUGCCCAACUAAACAACUCUACAACUGAUAGUCCAGAAAAACCAGAAGAUAAAGCAACCAGUACUAGCGAAUCGAGUGAUGAUUUACUUGAUGAACCACCUAUAGAGGAAAAUAAUAUAACAGAAACUGAAACAGUGAACAAAUCAAACAAUGAACAAAUUGAAGAGGAAACGAAACAAGAUGAAGAUAAAGUUAUUAAACAAGAAAUAAAAUCGGAAAUUGUAUCGAAAACUGUGCAAGAAAUGGAAGAUAGCGGCAAAGAAUCUGGCAGUGAUAGUGAUGAUGAAUAUUACUCAAUAGAUGAUAUUGAAAAAGAAUACGGCAUUAAAUUGAAAAGUGAAACAGAGGAUACACAGCUAAUCCUAUCUCCACAUCCUUUAUAUGCCGCCAGCCCAGCUUCUUUUCCGCCAAUAUCCGGCUCAGAAGUAUCGACAUCUCAGGAAUCCAUAAAGAGAGAAGCUAUACGAGAUAAACGUAAUGAAGUGUUGGAUGUAAUAAGCAAGCGAUUGGCAGGUCCAGGAAUAAUUGAUGAGGACAACACAUUUAGUUUGAUAGGAAAAAUUUGGAGCUCUAAACUACAACGACUUUCUGCAGAACAAAGGGUCCGCGCAGAAAAAAUAAUUAAUGAUGUUUUUGACGAAGCAUCAUUGGGAAACCUAAACGCCAAUGUAAAUUACAGCGGAUGACUGAAAAAAAUUAUGUCCACAUGCAGCCAAAUCAAAUUACUAUUGUCUCUUAUUAUCACAAUAAUUACGUAUAAGCGAUACCAGUUAAACUUUUAAUGACGUAAUCAAGAGCGCGAUUUUUAAAUUCGUUAUUGGCAACCAUGGACAUAUU